GCGGGAGCGCCGCCACCAUUGGAGAUAUUCCGUAACCAACCCAGCCCAACUCAACCCUCUCGCCCUGCUGCUUUUGUCCACUUCCAACGCCCAAGCCGGUUCAAGCCAAUAACUGUCAACAGCCCCUCCUCUCGUCAUAAAUUGCGUCUCCGCCCGCCAGGGAACCUAGGCCCCACGGCUGCGUGGUUUGACUUUUUGCCGAGCGCGCCCAGCCUGCACUGUGCUGCCCUACCUGCUGCCUUAGAUCUCUUCUGCUCAUCCGGCCCCAGCAUGAGCCUUUGAUAGCUGCCCCGCCUCCACCCAAGAUACAAUGCUGCAUGCUUGCCUCCUACAAACGUACACGAUUCGCACGUCAUAGCAUCCCUCGUGCGCCGACCAUUUUCCUCCCGAGCUCGACGUCCCUUUCCUGGCGAAUCUCCCCUGAGGAGUUUGCACCACUAUGGAGAGCCAGAUCGAGAAUGCUAUCCAGAUAGCAUGGGACCCACAGUCCGAUCAGGCUCUCAAGCAGCAGGCCUUCUCCUUCCUCGCCAACCUGAGGGCCGACCGGUCAGGAUGGCAGGCCUGCGUUUCCCUGUUCGUCCGCAACCCUCAACCGAUCGAGGUCGUCCGUGUCGUCUGCCUUGAGGUCGUCAACAACGCCAUCAUAAUCGAGAGCGACCCGGGCCAGCUGGCCGCCCUCAAGGAUACCUUCCUCGACUACGUCAAGCGGAGCUACUCCUCCAACCCGGACCAGCUCGACUCGACGGGCAUACAGAACAAGCUGACACAGACCUUGACGUUUCUGUUUGUUCGGCUGUACAAGCAAGGAUGGGAAACCUUCAUGGACGAUUUCUUGUCCAUGACCAGCCUUCCGGGCAGCGACAGGAGGGACAACCCGGCCGGAUGUAUACUGUACCUGCGUAUUCUGCUUUCUGUCCAUGACGAGAUAGCAGACCAGUUGAUCUCCCGCCAGCCAGACGAUGCCAAUCGCAAUGUCGACCUCAAGGAUCUUGUGAGGGAAAGAGACAUGCAAAAGGUCGUUCGCUCUUGGCAGGAGAUCCUGGCGCAGUACCAGGACCAGAACGACAAGAUCGUCGAGAUGACCCUGAAGGUCUUGGGGAAGUGGGUGCAGUGGAUUGAUAUCACGCUGGUGAUCCAGCAGGACAUGAUCAACCUUCUCCUGCCUCUCAUCGGCCGGACCAAGGGCGACGGCGACAAGGUCCGGGAUGCCGCUGUCGAUGCCUACACAGAGAUCACCUCAAAAAAGAUGAAGCCCGCCGACAAGAUGGAGCUGAUUGGUUUCCUCGGCCUCCAGCAAAUCGUCUCAGAGCUUGUCAACAGCCCACCGUUGAACCAGUACAGGGGCACGCCCAAAUACGAUACUGACCUGGCCGAAGCUGUGGCAAAGCUUGUCAAUGUAGUCAUGGUGGACGUGGUCAAAGUGCUUGAAUCGUUCAGUGAGGACUCCGCCCCCAAAGCCGAGCAGCACUUGCAUGAUUUCCUUCCCCUGCUCCUCCGGUUCUUCUCAGACGAGUUUGACGAGGUCUGCUCCUCCGUCAUCCCCUCCUUGACCGAUGUCCUCACCUUCUUCCGUAAGAUCAGCCCUCUGCCGCCUCGGUACUCAGAAUUGCUCCCAAACAUCCUCAAUGCUAUCAUCAUGAAGAUGAGGUACGACGAGACCGCAUCAUGGGGCCAUGAGGACGAGCAAACGGACGAGGCAGAAUUCCAAGAACUUAGAAAGCGGUUGCAAAACCUGCAAAAGAGCGUGGCUGCUGUCGACCAGAACGUCUACAUGGAGAUCCUGAGCAACCUCGUUGCGAACACGUUCCAGACACUUGAGCAACAAGGCUCCCAGAUGGACUGGAGGGACCUGGACCUGGCCUUGCAUGAGAUGUAUCUGUUUGGGGAGCUUGCUCUGCCGAACUCAGGGCUCGCCGGCAAGUCUCAGCCCAACAGCGCUGCCGCCGAGAGGCUCCUGGUGAUUAUGUCGAAGAUGGUAGAAUCAGAUAUCUCCAAUUUCCCACACCCUGCCAUCCUUUUGCAGUACAUGGAGAUCUGCGUUCGAUAUGCUGUCUUCUUCGAGAACCGCCAGGAGUACAUACCACGAGUUCUAGAGAACUUCGUCCGCCUAGUCCACCACGACCACGUCCGAGUCCGCAUGAGAUCGUGGUACUUGUUCUACCGCUUGGUCAAGCACCUGCGUGCCCAGGUCCAAGGCAUGACGGAGACUGUCAUCCAGUCUAUUAGUGAUUUGCUGGCGAUCAAGGCCGAAGUGCCCGGCGACGAAGCAGAUGACGACAUGUCUUCCGACGAAUCUGACCACUCGGCGGAUGCCGCCUUCACGAACCAAUGCUACUUGUUCGAAGCCAUUGGCUGCAUUUCAUCAACCAGUGGCACCCCAAUCGACAAGCAAGUAUUAUACGCUCGGACAAUCAUGGAGCCCCUAUUUGCGGAUAUGGAGCAAAACUUGCCGAGAGCAAAGUCGGGCGACGCGCAAGCUAUUCUUCAAGUCCAUCACAUUAUCACAGCUUUGGGAAUAUUAGCCCACGGGUUUGCUGAUUCGUCGUCGGGCGGCAAUCUAGCCAAGCAGCCAUCGCCACCCAAGGAGAUAUCUGAAGUGUUCUCCCGUGUGGCAGAGGCCAUCCUCGUAGCGCUUAAGGAGUUGAACACCAACCGCGAAAUCCGGACCGCCUGCCGCUCGGCCUUCUCCCGACUUCUGGGCGCGCUUGGAGCAACUGUGCUGCCUCAGCUGCCACAGUGGAUUGAGGGAUUGCUGUCCCAGAGUUCAUCGCAUGAUGAGAUGGCUAUGUUCCUGCGCCUGCUGGAGCAGAUUGUUUUUAACUUCAAGGGUGAAAUUUUCGACAUCCUCAACCUCCUGCUGACUCCAUUACUGCAACGCAUUUUCGAAGGCCUGUCGCAGCCGGCCAGCGGCACUGAUGACGAGAUUCAACUGGGCGAGCUGAAGAGAGAGUACCUUCACUUCGUCCAAAUCAUCCUCCAGCACGAUCUAGGAGGAGUGCUCGUGAGCGAGACGAACCAAGGAUACUUCGAAUCCCUUAUCUCUUCCAUCAUGGCGCUUGCCAGAACCGUCUCUCACAACAACAUGUCAACAAGCAGGUUGGCUUUUGGGCUCAUGAUCAAGAUGACAUCUGUAUGGGGUGGUGCGGACGUCGCUACUAUCUCAAACAACCCCUCGCCGCCCACAGGCUCUCCAGCGCCCCUAAUUCCGGGCUUCGACAAUUUUGUCAUUGAACGCUUCCACCCCGUCUGCUGGGAGGUUCUGCGGGACCCGCAAUUUAAUCCGUCGGACGCACAGACCCGACAGGUCAUGAACGAGAUCGUCCAGCUGGAGCAAACCAUCUACGCCAAGACUGGCGAGGCCUUCAUCCGACACUUGCAGUCAAGCUUGUUCCCGAGCCUGGGAAUAGACGGGAACGAGUUCCUGCAGUGUCUUUCGACUGACAAGAAGGCGUUCCUAAACUACCUGACAAGGCUUAGUGGGAGCAAGUAGGAUAUUCUCACGCUUCUUCAAAGGCAGAGGUCCAUGUGCAAUGUCGAGUUUGCGGUUUCGUGUCGCUACCAGCGAGCUUGAACUCGGAUGGACAGCGGUGUUCGUCUCUACAGUUUUGCAAUACAGCGAUACACAUACUUAGUCUGGGUACUGGGCCAAGCACACGGUCCAAGCUUUUGGUGUGGAUGGGUGUGUAGCAUGCGCUUGGACAAAUUUGAUUGCACAUGCGGUGGGUUCGCAGACAGAGAAAGAGAAAGAGAGCACAAGCAUAGGCAGGUUGAAACAGAUGAAUCUGUUACUUUGGAUGAAUAGAUAGAGAAAAAAAGAUAUCCCCCCAAUCCAGUUUACACAACACAGUUGUUUAUCAUCA